AGGACGUCCACUUAAAUGCAGUUCCAGGUUUGCCAGGCACCCCGGAGCAUCACUCCUCCUGUGAGCAGGCAAAUGCAACAUGCUCUCCAGCCUGGGGUGUCUGCUUCUCUGUGGAAGUAUUGCCCUUGCCCUGGGAAAUGCACAGAAAUUGCCAAAAGGUAAAAGGCCAAGCUUGAAAGUGCACAUCAACACCACCAGCGACUCCAUCCUCUUGAAGUUCCUGCGUCCAAAUCCAAGUGUAAAACUCGAAGGUUUUCUCCUGGGAUAUGGCAGCAAUGUGUCCCCAAACCAAUACUUCCCUCUUCCCACAGAAGGGAAAGUCACUGAGGCUGUAGUAGAUGCGGAGCCAAAGUAUCUGAUAGUCGUGCGACCCGCUCCUCCUCCCAGUCAGAAGAAGUCAUGUUCAGGGAAAUCUCGCUCACGAAAACCUCUCCAGCUUGUGGUUGGUACUUUGACACCAAGUUCAGUCUUCCUGUCCUGGGGUUUCCUCAUCAAUCCACACCAUGACUGGACAUUACCAAGUCACUGUCCUAAUGACAGAUUUUAUACAAUUCGAUAUAGAGAAAAAGAUAAAGAAAAGAAAUGGAUUUUUCAACUCUGUCCAGCUACUGAAACAAUUGUGGAAAAUCUCAAGCCCAACACGGUAUAUGAAUUUGGUGUGAAAGACAAUGUAGAGGGUGGAAUUUGGAGCAAGAUUUUCAACCAUAAGACUAUUGUUGGAAGUAAAAACAAAGUAAAUGGGAAGAUCCAAAGCACUUAUGACCAGAUACACACAGUGCCAGCGUAUGUCCCGAGGAAGCUAAUCCCAAUAACAAUCAUCAAGCAAGUGAUUCAGAAUGUUACCCACAGGGCUUCAACUAAAGCCCCAGAGAAGACUCCCUUUGGAGGAACAAUACUAGUUCAUCUUAUUAUUCCAGGUCUUAAUGAUUCCACGGUAAAACUUCCCACAUCCAUAAUGCUUGAGAUUUCGGAUGCUCUCAAGGCACAAUUAGCUAAAAAUGAAACAUUUACAUUAGCAGCAGAAUCUAAAACGCCAGAAGUUGAAAAAGUUGAAGCCCAGCCAGUAACAGUGACUCCAGAAACAGUUUCAAGAAGCAUUAAACCCACAGUGUCUAGUGCCUUAGACACAGCAGAAACCGCACUGGACCUCAGUGAGAAGACCCCAGAAACAGCACAUUCAGUUCUAAUACCUGAGUCUGAAUUGCCUUUGAGCACUCUAGCCCCAAAAAGGUUCCCAGAGUUUCCUGAGGCAAAACUAUACUUCCCUUUGGAGAAACCAGGGGAUACCUUGGCUUCAACUGAAGAGCCGUGGGUGGCACCUGGAGCUAAGACAUCUGAAGAUUCCAAGUUUGUACAACCUCAAACUGAAACUCACGAUGUUACCUCAAGCUCAACAACUUCAGAUGAGACAGCAAAAGAGCCCCACACAGCAACAACAAGUGAUCCUGCUCUGGACUCUGUCCCACCUAAAACUCCUAGAACUCCUGAACAGCCAAAGGCAACACUGGCUUCAAGCGAAACAUCAUUUGAUCCUCAAAAUGUGGAAGUCUUCACCAGUCCUGAAGUGCAACCUACAGCAACUGCUCCCCAGCAAACUACGUCUAUCCCCACCACACCUAAACGACGCCCCAGACCCAUCAUGCCAAAAGUCAAACCUGCCCCAAAACCUGAGACUCUACCAUCAGCACCAUCAACAAAGGCUCCACCAAAGACCAAACGACCAGGUCGCCGCCCCCGUCCUACAACCACACGUAGUCCAGAAACGACUGAGUCCAAACCGGCCACCAAAACAUCACGACCAAAACAUCACCGUCCACGUCCUCAUGGACCCCAAGCCACCCCAAGCCAAAAGAUACCUCAGACUACACCAGCUUCAGCAACAACAAAAAAAGUCCGCCGCCCACGUCCCAAACCUAAAACCACACCCCCUCCAGAAGCACCUCAGACUAUAUUGGUUCCUGCUACAACCCUUGAAGCAGUUAUUAGAACUGAGGCUCCAGGACUGACCUUAGCUCCCAAACUGCCUCAGCAACCAAGGCAUCCACAUCCCAAACCUAAAACUACAAGGAGUCCAGCUGUACCUCAGGCCGAACUGGUUUCUACUUCAGUCUUUGAACCAGUUACUCCUUUAACAGAGGAUCCAGUGACCACAAUAGUUCCUAUUACAGACCGUGAACCUGUUACAGACCUUGAAGCGCCUGUUGCUUUUAGAACUGAGGCCCCAAGGACAACACUAGCUAGCAAAAUGUCACAAAGAACCCGCCGUCCACGACCCAGACCUAAAGCCACAGUGAGCCCUCAAGCACCUCAGACAAAACCUGUUCCUCCUGUAGUCCUGGAACCUGUCACCCUUACACCUGAGGCCCCAGUCACAACACUAGCUCCCAAAAUACCACAACAAAAACAUCAUCCACCUCCCCAACAAAAGCCCAUAAUGAGACCCGAAAUACCUGAGUUCAAACCAGUUCCUACAACAGAACUUGAACCUGUGACACUCAGAACUGAGACUUGGGUGACAACAAAAGCUCCUAAAACAUCAAAACGGACCCGUCGUCCACGCCCCAAACCUAAAACCACAACUUCUGAGGCUCCUCUAACUACACCCGUUGCUGCUACAGAGCUUGAACCCAGUGCUUUUAGAACGGAAGCUCCUGCGACUGUGGUUCUUGCUACAGCCCUUGAACCUUUCAGUCUUAGCACCAAGGCUCCUGAAACAUCAACAUUAGCUCCUAAAGUACAGCGGACCCGCCGUCCACGUCCCAGACCUAAAACCACAGCAAGUACUGAUAUGUCUGAGUCCAAGUCGGCUCUCACUGAACUGCAAACUCUUGUUUUGAAACCAGUGACUUCACCAAGCCUAGAAAUGACACAAAGUCAACCUGCACCAGGUGAAACAGAUUAUGUAGAUAUCACUACCAAAGAACCUCUCAGGCCAGAGGAGCCAAGGACAGAAAGUGUUGUGGAGUCUCUUACGCAUGUGUCUGAGCUUCCUGAGACCCUGCUAGAAACAUCACCUCUGCCUUCCCAAACUAUAACCCUACUCAGACCAGAUGUGCCUCAGACUGAACCUGCUCCCAGGCAGACACCCGGUACUCCCCACAAGCUUAAAACAACACCACGCCCAAGAAUCCCACCACAACCGCCAGUUCCUAGGGGAUCUCAGCACACUACUUCCAAACCAAAAAUGCCACCAAGUCCUGAAGUGACAGACACUAAAUCUGUUCCAACGGAUGAACAACUUUCCCAUAAAACAGACCCUGAGAGCUCUCAUAGCGAAACUGUUCUGCCUCCUGUCACCUUUAGCGUGGAGCCACCAAAGCCAACAAUAGCGCCCUUAGAGACACGGGACAUUUCUUCCACACCUGUAAUUUCACCACGACCUAAUCAAGAGGAGCUACAAACCACCUGGGAAGAAACAGACCAUUCUACGCAGGCGAUCUUCACAACUAAGAUUCCACGGACGACUGAAUUGGCAAAGACAACUCAGGCACCACACAGAUUGCACACGACUCCUGUAAGGCCCAGAAUACCUGACAGACCACAUGCCAGGCCAGUUCUGAACAAAACAACCACAAAGCCUGGUAAAACCAAACCCAAAGUGAUACCCCAUGGAAACGGAGUGGGAACAGGAACCAAGCAAGCACCUAAGCCGUCAAGUACUGGGAGAAAUAUGUCAGUGGACUCACAUGCCACAAAAAAACCGGCCACAAUUCCAGGAACUCGUCGUCCAUUCAUUCCUCCUAGACCUAUGCCCCCUAGACCUAUACCUCCGCAGAGAAAACCUUUGCCACCAAAUAAUGUCACCGGAAAGCCAGGACGUGCAGGAAUCAUUUCCUCGAGCAGAGUGACUUCCCCACCACCGAAGGCAACACUCAAACCUACCGGAACAGCUGCAGAAAGACCAGAGGCAGAGAGAAAGCAUCCAACCACUCCAGCUUCCGAAGAAGAAAUUGGCAAUACGACUGAUUUUAGUUCAAGCCCAACGAAAGAAACCGAUCAUCUUGGGAAGCCCAGAUUCACGGGCCCUCAUGUGCGAUACAUCCCGAAGCCAGACAACAAGCCCUGUUCCAUCACUGACUCCGUCAGACGGUUCCCUACAGAGGAAGCCACAGAGGGGAAUGCCACCAGCCCACCACAGAACCCACCUACCAACCUCACUGUGGUCACGGUGGAAGGCUGCCCCUCAUUUGUCAUCUUGGACUGGGAAAAGCCACUAAAUGACACUGUCACUGAAUAUGAAGUUAUAUCCAGAGAAAAUGGGUCAUUCAGCGGGAAGAACAAAUCCAUUCAAAUUACCAAUCAAACCUUUUCUACAGUAGAAAACUUGAAACCAGAUACAAGCUAUGAAUUCCAGGUGAAACCCAAAAAUCCACUCGGUGAAGGCCCUGCCAGCAAGACGGUGGCAUUCAGUACUGAAUCAGCUGACCCAAGAGUGAGCGAGCCAAUUUCUGCAGGAAGAGACGCCAUCUGGACCGAAAGACCCUUUAAUUCCGAUUCUUACUCUGAAUGCAAAGGCAAACAAUAUGUUAAAAGGACAUGGUAUAAGAAAUUUGUUGGAGUCCAGCUGUGUAACUCUCUCAGAUACAAGAUUUAUUUAAGCGAUUCCCUCACAGGAAAGUUUUACAACAUAGGAGAUCAGAGGGGCCAUGGAGAAGAUCACUGCCAAUUUGUGGAUUCAUUUUUAGAUGGCCGCACUGGACAGCAGCUAGCCUCUGACCAGUUACCCACCAAAGAAGGCUACUUCAGAGCCGUUCGUCAGGAACCUGUCCAGUUUGGAGAGAUAGGUGGUCAUACCCAAAUCAAUUAUGUCCAAUGGUACGAAUGUGGGACCACAAUUCCUGGGAAAUGGUAGCUGCAGCACAGCUGUUUCCAGAGUACUUCUGGUUCAUUAUUACAAAAGGAAACAAAGAACCCGUUGGAAAGCCUAUGGUGUUUGUCACCCCCCACUGCAAGCUAUUUUGUUUACUGUGUAUAAAAGUCUGCAGCUCAACUGAGAGCAGCACUAAUGUUCAUUGUUAGAAAAGAUUUCUGAGACGAUUUAUCAGGUUUACAAAGAUGCUUUAAGAAAGCAAGAUAUUAACAUUAAUAGAAUAACAUUGUUAGGAAGCGGGCUCCCUAUUCAUGAUAUUUUAAGAGAACAUUUGUAUAUUAUUUAUCACACUGUUGUAAUGUUUUCAGAUACUUUUAUAACAAAAUUAAUGUCAAAAAUCUUUAAUAUGCUUUAUAAAAAGUAUUUACUUUAUGAAUGUGUACGUGUUGUUGGUGGUGAGUUAAUCCCAUAAAUCUCUACUUGGUUUAACUUAUUGGAUCAAAUAAUCUUCAGUAUAGACAUGUGAGAGAAAGUGGUUUUAAUAUUUAAAAUUAUGUAAACUUCAAUUUGUUAGCACAGAUGAACAGAUUUUCGAGUUUAAAUAGUUAUGUAUUCAUGCUCACUUCUCCAUAACCUGCCAGCAAAUUACUGAAAAGAAAAAUCUGUAUAAUUUUAUCUCAACCAAACAGCUGAUAAUCUGGCAUGUCAAAUGAUAAAUUUUGAUGUUUUGAUUCUGUACCCAUAAUAUUAAGUCUAAAAAUACUUUCUCAAACUCUUCCUUUUGACAUUCUUUUGAGCGACUCUGUGGUCCUAUUCAAGCUGUAUGUAGAGACUGAGUGUGAAGUCAGCAUGGAAAGACAAUGCAUGUGAGACACUAUUGUUCUAGAAGAUAUUAUAUAUUUAUACAUUAAGGCCAUGAAUGAAUGUAUCAGAGGUUGUUUUGUGGACACUGUUUACUCAUGCUGUAACAAAACGGACUUGUUAUGAAGGGGGGGUACAUACUUUUGGGAGGGAGCAAGAAUAUUAUUGCCUGCCCUAAAAAGACUUUUCUCCAUGUGUAUCUUUCAAUACGCUUCAGUUUUAUCAAUGCUACAUUUUGUACUUUUUAAGCAAAUAUAAACUCUGCAAUAAAAAGAUAAUAGGUUUUUAAAAAGUGAUUUUUAAAAUGUUCUGAAUAGUUUGCCAAUAUGUAAAUACAUCUUUAACUCCAUAAGGAAAAAUCAGAAAAUUAAGAGCUACCAAACCCCUAUUGUGUUUAUAUUCUAAGUCAAUCAAAUAUGUUAUACAUAUUUCCCCUGAAUGGAAAUCAAUUUCAUAAAUUCUAU